AUGAAUGCAAUGGACGAAUUGGCAGCUUCUUAUACAUCUAAACCUCCCUGGCGUGUACUCACAACAUAUUCCGACCAAUCGAUACAAGUCGGAGAGACCUGGGCUGAAGAGCUGAAGAAGCUACCACUGGAAGAGCCUGUUUCCUCCAAACGACGUCUCGACAACAUUCUCUCGCACGUCAAGCGUGGCGGAUGGACUCUCGGAUCCUUCUUGGCUUACCUUUUUACUUAUCCGGAUCGUAAAGCUGGUGGGCGCUCAGCUCGCCAUGCACAGAUGGUGUCGGGUUUUCUACGCGGCGCUGCUUUUGAGGGAGCUACAGCGGACGAGGUUGUGGAGCUGAUGUACAGCAGCCGUGACGCUGCUCCCAGAGAGAUCCGGCAAAGUGCGACGCCAUCCAAAGACAAGAAGCGACCGGACGCGACAAAUAUGGCUCGCCACCGACUCUCGGAAUGGGCGAUCACAAAGGUGGAGGGUUUUGUGUCUACCGCUGCGCAGGAUCUCUCGGGAAAAGACAGUCCGUUCCGUCGUGUCUCAGAGGAAAUUGACUUGGAUUUCAUCGACAACUUCUCGCUGGCUACAACGAUCGCAAGUCUAGAAAGCGGCGGGGCAGUUAUUCUACGCCUGCUAGCAGCAACUGCCUUGGACAACAGGACUCGACGCUCCACAACGUACGCUGAGCACUUUUCAAGGGAGUCAGAAGCGGGAUCGGGGGAGAAUCGGCGUGACCCUUAUGUGAUCAUUGUUAUAGUGUUCCUGAUGUUGCUUUAUGCACGGAAUAUACGGUUUUCAUUCCUCAGGAAGAUGUUCGGCAUAUGGCUUUUUGCCAAUAAUGCGUCAGCCUCAAUCUUUGCUGUGCUCAGUCGGAUCGGCCUUUCAUCUUCGUACACAACGAUCUUGGACACACUGCGAUCACUCUCUCGCUCGACACAGAAGGCGAUACGGAUCAAGGCCCAACAACGCGCGUUUCUGCUCAUCUACGACAACAUCAAUCGCAUGCGGCGAGUGAUCGAUCCUGACCUGGGGCAGCAUGAUGUGAUGCAGAGUGGUGCGGCUUCAAUGCUGAUUGAGCUGGUGCCUUGCAAUGUCCAGACGGCGUUCGAUCCAGCCCCAUUGAGAGAAGCGCGAGAAGCCGGGUUACGAAGGCGGCUCACUACAGAUGUGCUCAUGAAUCGCCUCAACAUGGAGGAGCUGAACGCUCUAAUUGCCCUUCACUGCCUGACAUUUCUCAUUGCGGAAGCCCCUGUACUUCACGGCCACCAAGCGCAGAUCAAUCUCCGGUUCCGCACAUCCCAUGCGCAGCAUCGUAUGCCCGAUGAGCACGUCACGGUCAUGCAUCCGCUUGCUACCUCCAGCCACAAUGAAGGGACGACACAAGGCAACCGAGACGUGCUUGAUGACCUGAUUUUACGCCAGCUUGGGAUGGACAAAACCGAAGUUGACAGCCUUCUCGUUAUUGUGGGUGGCGAUCAAUCAACGGUGGAGAAGAUUCGCACUCUUCAACGGUUUCUUGAUGAUUGCCCGCAUGGCUACUCCCGAUAUGGAUGGGUCCUGCCACUGAUUCAGCUCUGGCACAUGGGUUGGGCGGAUUUGGAACGUAUUCUCUCGACGCAUUGGGGACAGACUUACACCAGUGCGGAAACUGGUGACAUGUCCUCAUAUUACUUUAUCAACACCAUCCUCAAGCGCAAAAUCAAGAACAUCAAGCGCCCCGACUAUUACCCAACACAAAAUUUCAUCUUCGACACGCUGAGAGCAGAAGUGAUUGACUGCUGGAAAGUUUUACUACGAACCGACAAUCUCUCAGCACACUUCGCUGUCGGAUCUUUCAACUUCGAAGAUCUCUUCAGGCUGUCACAACAACUAACACAUACAUAUUUCAGUGUCGAAUCGUCGGAAAAGGCCCGUUUUGGAUGGAAGGAGCACAGUUUUGAGGUUGGAGAUCGUUGGACCCCUCAAUCUGUCGGGAACCUGUCUGUGCUUGAUGAAACUGGUGACGCUGUACUUGCAAACACCAUUAUUCGAAUGCGCGACAGCAUGCUUCACUACGAGUUCCAGCAUGCGGUGUCAGACGGUGACAUUGGCCGAGCAAUGAAUGUGAUGGCGGUAUGGACAUUCACAUUCACUGGCAGCGGGAAAAACAAAUAUUCCAAUGAACUGCUCGAGAUUGCGUGCAACUUUGAAUACGAGUAUUCCCACGAUCUUCGGAAUGUCAUCUUGGACAAUUGGCUUUGCACCUUCACCCCUCAUCGUGGCGGCUACUUUCCAAUGGAUCAGCUACAAGAGCACAAUAUUCGCUUGCUGAAGAAAGCUGCGGAACGUGGUGAUGCUUCGUUCGGAGGAAGGUUCUAUCAGGAUGUUGUGUCGUACAACAUUCAGGCUUUUGGGAAAGCUAAUGACAUGAUGAAGAGCGCUCUAGGGCUAAGAAAGACAGGAGGGAAGCACAAGAGACAGAAGAAAGAAGCUGCAUUGAAGGAAUUGACACGCGCUAUGGCUGAAAGGCAGUUGCAUAAGUUUCGUCCUGGACGCGACUACGGUUACAAAACUCAAGACGAUUUUGAGGCUGGAUUUCUCAAAUUGGAGGGUGGCAAGGUGAGGGACUUCGUGCAGAGGACUAUGGCAGAAGCAACCGAUCUGCACGAAAACGAAGAUGACAGAGUGGACUGGGCACAGGAGAUGGAUUGUCGGGUUCCGUUGCCAAAUGUAGUCAUCAACGGUAUGCUACAUUGCACCGGAUAUGAUUCCUCAGACACAGAUUCCGAAUCAGAUUUGGAUAUUGUAAUGAAUUAG